GGCAUGAGCCGCCCCGCCGGGCCCUGCUCGGCCGAGACGGCGUCGGGAAGAAAGGGCCACGGAGGAAGCUCUGCGCUGCUCGGCUCGGGACCGCAGGCUGCCCACGCAGGUUUAGCACAGUGGAAACAUGGCUACCAGCGCUGUUCCCAGCGAAAACCUUCCCACGUACAAGCUGGUGGUGGUUGGAGACGGCGGCGUGGGGAAGAGUGCUCUCACCAUUCAGUUCUUCCAGAAGAUUUUUGUGCCAGACUAUGACCCAACCAUUGAAGAUUCCUACCUGAAGCACACAGAAAUAGACGGGCAGUGGGCAAUUCUUGAUGUUCUGGACACGGCAGGCCAGGAGGAGUUCAGCGCGAUGCGGGAGCAGUACAUGAGGACUGGAGAUGGUUUCCUUAUAGUCUACUCUGUGACAGACAAGGCCAGCUUUGAGCAUGUGGACCGUUUCCACCAGCUGAUCCUCAGAGUCAAAGACAGGGAGUCCUUUCCAAUGAUUUUGGUGGCAAACAAAGUUGAUCUAAUGCAUUUACGGAAAAUUACCAGAGAACAGGGAAGAGAAAUGGCAACAAAACAUAAUAUUCCGUAUAUAGAAACUAGUGCCAAGGACCCACCUCUAAAUGUUGACAAGGCCUUCCAUGAUCUCGUAAGGGUAAUAAGGCAACAGAUCCCGGAGAAAAGCCAGAAGAAGAAGAAAAAGACCAAAUGGAGAGGGGAUCGAGCCACAGGCUCCCACAAACUCCAGUGUACAAUUUUGUGACGGGGCACCCAGGAGCACCUUGGACAUCUCCCUCCUGCUCCCAACCCACCAUGACCUGAGGCUCCCAGAGGCUCUGGCUCGGAGGAGGUGGCUCGAGGGGUCUGGACCCCAGCAAUCAGCUAGAGGGGCUCCUCGUGGGGCUGCAUGGAGCAGUGCUAGCAGGAGGUGGAAAGGAGCAGCAGGACUUUGAUGCUCGGACAUUCCCAGCUCCUUCCAGAGGCCUCCAUGGUGUGUGUUUAAAAGAAAAAACAAAAGUGUUGGUUUUAUCUGCAAACAUUUCUCCUUGUGACCCUUUUAUGAGCAGCCAUGAAUAGACCCAUUUGGUACAGUCGUGUGUGUAUGUGUGGGAGAAGGGAAAGGGCUUUUCUUUUUUUUUUUUCCUUGUCCUCUUUUUUUUUUUUUUGUCGUUUGCUCAGCAAGCGUUGGGUUGCAGAGAAACAUGGCUGGGGUUAGACUUUUUGCACUGAACUCUUUCUUACGCAGCAGUGCCAAAACACAACUUCAUAUGAAAGUGCAUAGAUUUGAAGGAAGAAAAUGAAUUCCAGCUGCUCUGGGUGCUCCAGACAUUGUGUCAGACUCUGGAGGGCAGCCAGCUCACAGACCAUAAACUCCAGCUUAGAAAAGGGGGUUUGGGCUUGGAUAUAUUUUUUUCCUACCCUUUGUCAAGAGGUUUUAUUUCUGUUUUGUAACUUGGAGCAUGUCAAAGUUAAGAUGUUUUGUUAACCUGGAAGUAUUUAAAUUAAAGUAAUUUACAAAUGCAAGGGUAUGGCAUCUUUAAGGGGUUGAGGGGAAGGAGAGAGGAAGUAAAAAGUGAACUGAGUUUGUUA